CCUAAUCAGUAGUACCUUUCUGCUCUCAUCUCGUUCUACUCUCCUGCGCACAUCUCCGUCGGCCUGCAUCUCUCUGGCGCACAUCUCAAUUAGGUAUCGGCCAGCAUAUUCACGCUGCAUCAAUCCUCCAUCUUACCAUUCAAUUCGUUCGGCCUGCGAUUCAUUCAGAAGGACCCUACUGUUUCAAUGAAUUAGAUGCAACAACAACGUGCAAAGAUGAACGAGAACGGAUUGGACCUCUGUGUCGAAAAUUCAUUGGCUGAGUUGGGUACUUUGGAUUUAGCUUUUUCAUGUGCAUAUAUUUGAAACCUGAUAUGACAUCAAUUGGAACUUUUAAGAUUUUUUAUUUGCACGGGGUUCCAAAGCUAGAAGGCAGCAUAUUCUCUUUGGCACACCGAAGUACUAACAAUUCAAUCAAUGAGGACUCAAACUCUAGGUCUUAUAUGGGGAGUGGAUUCACCUUGUGGGAUAAAUCUGCUGUGAGCAAGGGAAAGAAGGGGAAGAAGAAUAUUUUGGUGAAGAGACACGUUCUGGAGUAGGAUAGCAGAACACGUUAUGGAGUGGCCAUUGGUAUCAUCAUCCAAUCAUAGGCAUAGCACGACAACUAUCAAUUCCUUAUUUUCCUGACCUAUCCUACAUAUGUUAGCCUUAGCUAAAAGUGCUCAAGAAGAGCAUGCAUGAUUUAGGAGGUGGAGGAUUUGCACUCAAGAAUGUGCCAUCACCUCACCCAGAAGGGAGUCCAUCUCUAUAUUAUGGGUAUUAUGUAGUUUAAGCCAGAGAAGAUACUAAGGUAUGAGAGAUCAUACCGAGGCUGGGAGCAUGAACAAGUUUCCAUGGAACCCAAACAGGUGCGCAGGCUGGAUAUUGAAUACUGAAUACACCAUAUUCCAGUCUUGGUUUUAAACAAGAAUGUGGUCGUGCAUUGGAGCACAACACAUGCUCUGUCAAAGUCAAGCUAUUGGGAGUUUUGAU